UAUGCAGGGCUUUUUUACGCGCAGUUGGUGUUUUAAGGUUGUAGUAGCCAGUUGGCCUUUGCAGGUCUUUACAUACAUAUGCAGUGCUUUCUUGUGCCAAAGAACACAUCGUCAACCUACCAUUACGCAUCACAGAAAGACAACGAAAGGGAGCCAGAAGACCGUAACUGAGACUCCGGUUCCUAAUCCCCACCUCUACAACAUAGAGGUAACGGAGUGGUAGGGACGCAGGGCUCAACGCAGGCGCUCUUGGGAGGCAUUAAAUGCUGAAGAGGAUGACUUCAACUCCGGGGAUGAAGAUGACCCUUUUCCUCGAAAGGAGGACUUUUUCUAGGUCUCGACACCAAGGAAUUGCAUCAC